AUGCACCCCCAGAGCCACCGCGCGUCAACAACGGCGGCACAAUACGCGGAAGGAGGGGACGACGAAGAAAAAACCUUGCCGCUCGAGACGCAAGAUAAAAUAUUUUGUAUUGAAUAUGCAAGCUGCCGACUUGCGUCAAUUGUUUUCAGCGCGUAUCCGGGAGUUAACCGGCAAGAUAGGGCCACAACAAUAUAUCGUGGGUCGCUUCCGACCCCACCAAGAUGGCCGCCGCGAGCUGACCACGAGGCCCCUACCAAGAUGGCGCCCGCCCAGGAAAACAAAUACCGGUUGCCCCACUCAAAAUGGCGGCCGCGACCCCGCAGGACCACGUGGUGCGCAGGGAUGGCCUAUGAAUGGCUGUAA